AUGGACAAUUCUACGCGGGAGGGGGCCAGCACAUCAUCCCUUCAGGCCGGGCCUUCCGGGCGGCCCCCACUUGGGAGGGAUCAGCAGGCACAGGCCCUUCCGCCAUUAAAAACUUCGGCAAACGAGGUCACAGUGAUCGCGGCACCGUCAGACAACCCAUAUGUGACAGCACUGGCGUCCGAGGCGAAUCGCAUAGCCAAGGGUAUAUGGACCCUUUCGACUUGGGAACAAAGGGCGUCCAUCAUGCGAAGAUUCUGCGACUUCGCGAAAAGGAACGAUCUAGAGGUUCGGAGGGGAAAUUUUCCUUUUUUUAUAGUAAGUCUACAACUCACCAAGAGCAGCGCGGUGCAAUACACAAGAACUUUGUUGACCUUACUGGCCUCAGGGGGAUCGCCAGCACAGAUGUUUUUGGCCGGUCUUCAAAGGAAGGCGGCCACAAACCCCAUAAAACAGGCUCGCCCCAUGGAGAGGUGGGGAUCGGAUCUCAUCAGCGAUAUUUCAACCUUAAAAAACAAUCGUGUAGCCUGA